AUGGCACCUUCAAGAAACAACCUAGCAGAAAACGAGUCCUCCUCAGAUUCAGAGACAAGUAAUAUUGGUGGCGGAUUCAUUAUUGAUGAUAUUUCAGAAACCAGAGCAAAACGACCAAGAAGGGCAGCAGCAAACUCGUCAUACGCAGAACUAAGUGACGAUCAAGAAAGUGAUUCUAUCGAUUCAGACACUUUUGCUAAUGUUUCUGCUCCCGUUAAGAAGAGAAAGACGCGUGCAUCUACGCGUGUCCAAAGUAAGGAGAAGAAGAAGAAGAAGAAGAAGAAAAUAGCCAAACGGUCACCGUCUCCUGAUGAUGAUGAAGAUCAAGAGUUUACUUUAAGUUUGGAUGAUGAGAAAGAGAGCGAUGCUACCGAUGAUGAAGUUGAAUAUAUAGGUAGCAACAAGAUAGAGCAAAAUGGCUCUUCAACCACAUCAGCAAUAGAUUUAGAUGAUGACUUAGAUAUUGAUAAUGAUCCUGAAGAAAACAUGCCACUAGCAUCCCGAAAAGCUCCCAAAAAACGCGGUAAAGGAGGAAAACGUACAAAGAAAGAACCCAAACCAAAGAUGUCAUACUAUGAACGAACAACAAAUAGGUUGUUUGAGAACCACCCGAAUUUAAAGGAAGUAUUUCCGUAUUUGAAGAAUACCCCGAAAAUCACACCAGAGAGAGCUGAACAUCCUCCAGGAAUGACAAUUAAACUUUUGCCAUUUCAGUUAGAAGGGUUAAACUGGCUUAUCAAACAAGAAGAUGGCGAAUUUAAUGGUGGGAUUCUUGCUGACGAAAUGGGUAUGGGAAAAACUAUUCAAACUAUAGGGCUUUUUAUGCAUGACAGGUCGAAAGGUCCUAAUUUGGUUGUUGGUCCCACAGUUGCCUUAAUGCAAUGGAAGAAUGAAAUUGAAAAACACACCGAGCCAGGCAUGCUUAAAGUAUUGCUUUACCAUGGCGCCAACAGAAGCAAUAGCAUUGAAGAGCUUUCACAGUAUGAUGUUAUUCUUACAUCUUAUUCCGUUUUAGAAUCUGUCUAUAGAAAGCAGAAUUACGGAUUCAGAAGAAAAAAUGGAUUGGUUAAGGAGAAAUCAGCAAUCCACAACAUUGAGUUUUAUCGAGUGAUAUUGGACGAAGCUCAUAACAUCAAGGAUAGAAACUCCAACACAUCAAGAGCAGCAGGCAAAUUGAAUACGAAGAAAAGAUGGUGUUUGACAGGAACACCUUUACAAAACAGAAUUGGUGAGAUGUACUCGUUAAUACGAUACAUGAAGUUAGAUCCGUUCCACUCAUACUUCUGUACCAAAUGUGAUUGUAAAAGCGAGGAUUGGAAGUUUUCAGAUGGUAGAAGAUGUGACUUUUGUCAACAUCCACCAAUGUUACAUACUAAUUUUUUCAACCAUUUCAUGCUCAAGAAUAUUCAAAAAUAUGGUAUUGCUGGUUUAGGAUUAGAGGGAUUCAAUAACCUUAGACUGUUAUUAGAUCAUAUCAUGUUGAGAAGGACGAAAAUUGAAAGAGCAGACGAUUUGGGUUUACCUCCAAGAGUUGUUGAAAUCAGACGUGAUUAUUUCAAUGAGGAGGAAAAAGACUUGUACCAGUCUUUGUACAGUGACUCAAAGAGAAAGUUCAAUGACUAUGUUGCUGAAGGGGUUGUUUUGAACAAUUACGCAAACAUUUUCACUUUAAUUACCAGAAUGAGGCAAUUGGCAGAUCACCCAGAUUUGGUUUUGAAAAGGAUCGGAAGUAACGCUAUAUCCAACGAGAUUGACGGGGUUAUCAUGUGUCAGUUGUGUGACGACGAAGCCGAGGAACCAAUUGAAUCAAAAUGUCACCACAGGUUUUGCCGAAUGUGUAUUCAAGAAUAUAUGGAGUCAUUCAUGGGUGCCAGCAAUAAGUUGGAAUGUCCUGUUUGCCAUAUUGGUCUCUCGAUUGAUUUGGAGCAACCGGCCAUUGAGGUUGAUGAAGAGUUGUUCACGAAAGCAUCCAUUGUGAAUCGUAUCAAGCUGGGGUCUCAUGGAGGAGAGUGGCGUUCAUCGACUAAAAUUGAGGCAUUGGUAGAAGAGUUGUACAAACUUAGAUCAGAUAGACACACAAUCAAAUCUAUUGUAUUUUCGCAAUUCACUUCGAUGUUGGAUUUGAUUGAAUGGAGAUUAAAACGUGCUGGGUUCAAUACUGUCAAGUUGCUGGGAUCAAUGUCUCCACAGCAGCGUGACAACACGAUUAAGCAUUUUAUGGAAAACACAGAAGUAGAGGUGUUUUUAGUAUCAUUAAAAGCUGGUGGUGUGGCAUUAAAUCUUUGUGAAGCAUCGCAAGUUUUUUUAAUGGAUCCAUGGUGGAACCCAAGUGUGGAAUGGCAAUCAAUGGAUAGAGUUCACAGAAUUGGUCAAAAGAGACCAAUUAGAAUUACUAGAUUCUGUAUCGAAGAUAGUAUAGAGCUGAAAAUUAUUGAAUUGCAGGAAAAAAAGGCCAACAUGAUCCAUGCUACUAUUAACAAUGACGAUGCUGCAAUCAAUAGACUUACACCCGAUGAUUUGCAAUUCUUGUUUAUGAAUUAA